GCCCACCGGAGUGGCCCACCUCUCCGCCGAGAAGGGCGAGCACCCUCGAUCCGACCUCCCAGCAUGGCUGCCCCGCGCCCCACCUCGCUUCUGCUCUGCCUUGCUCUCGUGACCUUGUGCCAAGGCGGCUGUGUGGAGGUAGAUUCAGGAACGGAGGCUGUGCGUGGCAAGUCUUUCAAGAUCCGUUGCAUCUCGUGCAAAAAGCGCAGUGAAACGGAGGCAGAAGCCUUCACUCAGUGGUUCUUCAGACAGGAGGGGACAACCGACCUGAUCAAGAUCCUUCAGUAUGAUCCCUAUGAUAAGCUCACUGUGUAUGAUCCUCGCUUUGAAAAUCUAGUGAUGUGGAAUGGCACCAAGAACAUUGCAGAUUUGCAGGAUGUCUCCAUUUUCAUCCUGAAUGUGACUUCAGAACACGCAGGGGAGUACAUCUGCAGUGUCAACCGCACACUCCAUUUUGCCAAUGAGUUCUCCCACAACAUCAUGAUCAACAAAACAAUCCACAUUGAUGUGGUUGGAAAAGCCAAUCAGGAUAUGGCAUCUAUUGUCUCCGAAAUCAUGAUGUACGUUCUCAUUGUUGUCCUGACCAUCUGGCUGGUAGCUGAGAUGAUCUAUUGCUACAAGAAGAUUGCUGCAGCGACAGAGGCAGCUGCUCAAGAGAAUGCCUCCGAAUACUUGGCCAUCACGUCAGAAAGUAAAGAAAACUGCACAGGGGUGCAGGUAGCUGAAUAGCCCGUGCCAGGCCGUUGACGGGCACUGGGAUUCCUGGUUUUUAUAAGGGAUGAGGCUUUGACAAGGUGUGGAGAAGAGGCAACAUGACUCAGCAGAGCCAUCAGCAGCCCCAAGAAGAAGUGAGCUGGAGCCAAGCAGCCCCUCCCCCCACUGCACGGCCCUUUUCCUUAAUGAAAGCAUGCUAUUUUUAAUAACAGAGCUCUGCAUCCAAGCCAGCCGCUCAGUGACAGACAUGCAAAUUUUUAUGGGGAAGGGUGGGUUUCUCCAGGCAGGCCCCCCCGCUCUUUUAGACCCAGUUUUUCACCUUCCAGAGUGGGAAUUGCCCCUGCCCUUAGCAUGACGAGAACGCGGCAUGGCGGCUUGCUCACGUAAUGCAAAGCUUGGGGUCCUCUCCCGCGGUGGCCCCUCAGGCCGGCCGGAGGCCUCUUUCCUUUAUGAGCACUUGCGCUUUCUGAUGUUUUGCACAUUUUCUUGCGCUUCGAGUUCUUUCGGUUACUUCGCAACCAGCACUUUCGAUGGGUCUGAGGAGAGGAUCCUGCCUUUUUCUCCUACGGGUCAAGAUGGAUCUGGACUUCUCAGUGGCCACAGCCAGCAGUGGGUUGAGUGGAGACUGGGUUGAAGACCACCGCCUAAUUGUUCCUAAGCCAUGGAGGGAAUGCUAAGAGGCGAACACUGUCCUAACUCUGUUGUUGAGUGAACUCUCUGGUGCAGGUGUGGAUGCGAAUUGUGCCACCCGAUGGCCGUUCCUAGCACAGGCAUCAUUCAUCUAAUUUUCUGCCAAGGUUUCCUUCUGAGCUGGCAGGCUGGCAAUGCAUGUAUUGAAGAUCUUUGCAGAGGAGAGACGCCUUGGGAUAGAAAUCAGAUGGAAGAGGAGACUGUUGCUUCUGUGCCUCUGUACUGGAGAUGUGUGUUGUCAUGGUGCCCUUCGUUGGGCCUUGGUGGCUGAGCUUGGCCUUUGAAUUGGUGCAGACCAACCAUCACAGCAACGCCAUCACCCCAUUGCCCUCCUCCACGUUUUUCCCCUCCUGGAUCCAGCCAGGCCAUUUUGGCUCGUUGGAGGAUACCAUGCCCGCCCCUCUGCUCAGAUCCCCUCCUCUGAGCUGGUCCUAGGAACCAGCACAGAACUCUCCAGGGCUGGUCCUAGGAACCAGCUGCCAUCACAAUCAAAUAGGGUUUGUUCAUAAAUAAAGAUGAUUGAAUUUCA